AAUUUUGAGAUCUUGUUUUUUUGUCAAUUUUAAAAUGAGUGAAAAACUUGCAGCAGAUCAUACAAAUUCGAUAGCCUUGAAAAAGCACAAGUUAUUAUUAAACAAAAAUGAUCCAAGAAAUUGUUAUUCAUAUUCGAAAGCAUAUAGAUUAGCCAUACUUUUUAUAGUCAUAUGCUGUAUAUUUUUGAUUUAUUGGAUUAUAUUGGCUCCUCUUUUAAUCAGUGCGUUCACUGCUCAUCAUUCAGGCAAAACUGAAAGUUGGUCUGUUGGUUGGCUCGUUUUGUACUGGUUUAUUGCCUUUUUUAUUUGGCUUUUCAUUAUGUUGUGUUUUCUUUUAAUUUGGAAAUGUUACGAAAUUAAACGCAAUAAUGAUGUACAAUUGCAAUCGUAUGGCACAAAUGAUUCUCUAAAAUCGAGAAUUUUAAUUAAUACGAAACUUGAUCAUUCGCAAGUUAUAAAACUGAAAGAUACAAAAUAUGGUACAGCUUUAAACGAUUCAGUUUCUGAUAAAGAGAAAUCAAGUGCAAAUUUGAAUGAAUCUCAGCAUAAUAAAACCAGAAAGCAUAAAGAUCUUCCUCCUCUUGUGAUUCAUCGUCGUAAUUCGGGUAAAAAUGUUGAACAUGUUGGAACUGUAAAUAUAGAGAAAAAUGUUGAUAAAGAUGAUAAAGACGAGGACAUACUAAAAUCUGGAAAUGAUAUUUUGAAGAAUCAAAGAGAAUCUGUGACAGAUUAUUUAAAAUUAGUAACAAUUACUCCUCAAGAUGAAUUGGACACAGGAAGUCCGAAAGGAUCUCUUUCGCCAAGAGAAUUAUUUUUCAUCGAUCUCAUAAGAGAAGCUGAAAAAGCUGAACGAAACAGAGAACGUAAUUCUCUAAAAACCGAAGAGAACCAGUUUUUUCCUAGUAAUUUUUCUCAGAUUAGAAAAGAUAGGAAAGAAGAGCAAAAACUAAAUGAUGUGUUAACAAAUAAAGAGCAAAAAGUAACAUAUUUCAUUGCGGAUAUAAAAAGUCUUAAGAAGGAAAAGAGUGAAGUAUAUUUAAAAAUUGAAUCUGACCAAGAGUCAGCCAAAGAGUGGUCUGUGCAUUUGAAUAACGAGAAACCAAUUCUUAUUUUACAAGAUAGUUCUAAGAAUGAGGAAGAUGAAAAUACAAAAAAAUAAAGUUAUUUUAUUUGA